AUGGCGGAAGGACAACAGACUCCCACUUUCAAGCUCGUGCUUGUCGGCGACGGUGGUACUGGCAAGACAACCUUCGUCAAGCGCCAUCUGACGGGUGAGUUCGAGAAGAAGUACAUCGCCACGCUCGGUGUUGAGGUCCACCCUCUCGGCUUCACCACGAACCUCGGCCCAAUCCAAUUCGACGUCUGGGACACGGCGGGGCAAGAGAAGUUCGGUGGUCUGCGCGAUGGGUACUACAUCAACGGCCAGUGCGGCAUCAUCAUGUUCGACGUCACCUCCCGCAUCACCUACAAGAACGUGCCCAACUGGCACCGCGAUCUCGUCCGCGUCUGCGAGAACAUCCCGAUCGUGCUCACCGGCAACAAGGUCGACGUGAAGGAGCGCAAGGUCAAGGCCAAGACCAUCACCUUCCACCGCAAGAAGAACCUGCAGUACUACGACAUCUCCGCCAAGUCCAACUACAACUUCGAGAAGCCCUUCCUCUGGCUCGCCAGGAAGCUUGUCGGCAAUCAGUCGCUGGAGUUCGUCGCUGCACCGGCUCUCGCCCCACCGGAGGUUCAGGUCGACCAGGCUGCGAUGGAGGCGUACCAGAAGGAGAUGCAGGAUGCGGCGGCCAUGCCACUGCCGGACGAGGAGGACCCAGACUUGUAG